CAUGAUUGACAUGACCGAUUGACAUACGCUAUCGUAAACUCUGUCGAAUGAUUUUCUCAUGAAUGAAAAACCAACUGAUAUGACUGUGAACUCAUGCACACGAUGUUAUUUGCAUAAAAGGCGGAGUUAAUUGAGGUAUAAAACAUUAUACAUUGAGUAAAUAUGUGUAAAAGUUGUAAAAGUCACAUGUAUGCUGAACCAGGUAGUUGGAAGAUUGUUUUUCUUCAGAUGUUCUUUCCUUGUGUUCAGGAAUAGUUGGAUUUUUCAGAGAGAAAAAAAUUGAAUGGGGAGAAAUGUCAUUUUUUCAAUUGUGGACAUAACAUUAUAAAUUGUAUGAAUGUCAUUCCUUGGAUAUUAUUCCUACAGUAGUGCUAGAAGGGAAGAAAAUGGCACGGACAAGACUUGAUCGAAACAUUAAUUUUGUCGCUGGAACAAUUUUUGGUCUAUGUGUUGGUCUGGUUUUAUCAACCUGGUGCCGUAACAAGUUCUUGCCUUGUAUGCCAACAUUUUCAAGAUCAGGAUGUUGCACCGGGGCAUUAGAUUUCAUUGAAAAUGGCAAUUUCAAAGGGGAUAAAAAUGAAAAUAAAGAAUCUACAAACAGAGUUUACAUUGAAGAAGCGGAUGAAAAAGGUUUCAUAUUCAUUGGAAUUAUGACUGCCAAAAAGUACUUAGAUUCACGUGUUGUUGCUGCUUACCGAACUUGGGCAAGAAGUGUCAAUGGCGAGGUGAUGUUUUUCUCUAGUGAAAAUUCAGAGUCAUCGUAUGAUGUUCCUAUUGUUAGUUUGAAAAAUGUUGAUGAUUCCUAUCCGCCUCAGAAAAAAUCUUUUGCCAUGUUGAAAUAUAUGAGCGAGCAUUACCUUGAUAAAUAUGAAUGGUUUAUGCGAGCAGAUGAUGACAUAUUCAUCAAAGGUGAAAAGUUGGAACAGUUUCUAAGGUCUAUAAACAGUUCGAAGCCACAAUAUAUUGGACAAGCUGGUGUUGGAACAAAGGAGGAGAUAGGGCUACUCAAUCUGGGCAGCACUGACAACUACUGUAUGGGCGGUACUGGGAUGGUCCUAAGUCGUGAGACUUUAAAGCUGAUGAAACCUCAUCUUAAAUACUGUGUUAGUCAUCUCUAUACAACUCAUGAAGAUGUUGAAAUUGGGCGUUGUGUAAGACAGUUUGCAGGAAUUCCUUGCACAUGGGCAUUUGAGAUGCAGAAAUUCUUCUACCAGAACUUCAAAGAAUACAAAGGUUCUUUUGUUGACACCCUACUGGAUAAAGAAGUGCAGAGGGCCAUCACGCUUCAUCCAAUCAAAAUGCCAACAUACCAGUAUCGGAUCAGCAACCAUUUCACGUCAGUCAAAAUCAAAGAAAUGCAGCAGAAAGAAUUGGAACUCCAUAGAGAAAUAAGCGAAAUGAACCAGGUUUUAAAUACGAAAUCAGAUUUCGAUAAAUAUGGACUAAAACCAUCAGUAACGACUUACAUACCACAAAAAGCAAGUGAUGUAAUUGGAUGGGAAUUCAUCAAUUCAAAAGUAGUUACAUCACAUUUAAAUGUAAACCCUAGAAAAGGUUUAACAUCUUUCCGUAAGGACUCUUUAAAUGAAGUUGUUUCUCAAACAAUGGAGAUCAUUAACAGAAAUUCAAAACAUAGAGGAAGAACUAUUGACUAUAAAGAUGUGUUAUAUGGUUACACCAGUACAGAUCCUUUAAAUGGCGCUAAUUAUAUACUUGAUAUUUUACUUACAUAUAGAAAACAUAAAGGAAAGAAUUUGAAUGUCCCAGUAAGGCGGCACGCAUAUUUACACCAGUCUUUCUUGAAAACAGAAUUCAUUGAAAGUCCAUGGACGUCAGAAAGAGACAGCGUGGUCACUGCAGACUCUGGGCAUAUAUUCCAGCAGUUCAGAGGCAAUGAGAAGAAUUUGGGAAAAGAUAAAUUAAAAGAAACUGUGCAUUUGAUUCUUCCUUUAGCGGGAAAAGUCAAAGAAUUUGAUAGAUUUAUGAGAAUUUUCGAAGAAAUUUGUUUAGCUAAGAAAGAAAAUGCUCAAAUGCAUAUAGUUUUGUUUACAGAGAAUAGUUCAACACAGGAAGUUGAAGACAUUUUAAAUAUAGUUGGCAAAUAUCAACGAAAAUAUGGCGGCCAUCUUUUAGAAGUCAUAGAAACAGAAGGGGAUUUCGCUCGAGCCAAAGCUCUCGAUUUAGGUGCAAAACAGUGUUCAUUAGAUGAUUUGAUAUUUUGUGUAGAUGUUGAUAUAGUGUUGACAACAGAUGCACUAAAUCGUAUACGACUAAACACUAUUCAGAGUGUGCAAGUGUAUUACCCAAUAGUGUUCAGUCAGUAUGAUUCAAGCGUUAUAUGUGGUGACAAAUCAAAAUGUAAGAUUGAUCCCCAAGAUUUCACCCAUCGUAUGGGAUACUGGCGGCAGUUCGGAUAUGGGAUAGCUGCAAUGUAUAGGAGUGACCUUGAACGUGUCGGUGGCUAUGACACCGGUAUACAAGGUUGGGGAAAGGAAGAUGUUGACUUGUUUGAAAAAGUUGUUCAAAGUAAUCUAACAAUCUUUCGUGCAGUAGACACUGGCAUGGUUCAUGCAUUCCACCCUGUUAAAUGUGAUGUAAACCUAGAACCUUCUCAAUUCCAAAUGUGUAUAGGGACCAAGGCUACAUGUCUCGCUUCGCAGUACCAGUUGGCGGAAAUGACUCUUAAAAUUGAUAAAAUACUCAACAGAAAUUUAGAUGUAAAAGUUUGACCAUAGUUUAAUUCUAGAAAAUUAUUUUAUAGUUUAACUUUGUCUGUUGAAAUUUAUUUUGCUUUUUGCACCCAUGUUGUGAAUGUUAUCAGAGCAAAAAGCUUUUGUAAGGAAGGAGAUGUUCUUUGGCUCCUAUUAUUUCUGUAUCUUAAGGCUCAGGGUACUAUGAAAUAUAUUAAUAGCAUUUUGAAGUUUAUUUUCCUUAAAGUUUUCCUGUUUUUUUCCCAAAAUAGCUAUUAAUUCGCAACAGGAAUUUGUGGAUUCGAAAAUUUGAAGCUAACUUUAACAGUAAUGAAAAUUGCAUUUGUUUAUCGGGAUUGAAUUUUGUGCAUGUAUUAACAUCAAAGUACAGCUCAACUUGUAUUGUAUUAUGUCAAGCACUUACAGACAGGAGUUGGCACCCACAAGCAGUGCUUUGGCACCCACAGGCAGUGCUCUUGUUUAGAAUGGUCUUUUAAAUCCACAGGCUCUGAAGAAAAUGAUGUGAUGAAAAACAUUAAAGUGUAUUUGAACAUUCUGUCAAAAAUUAAUGACAUCGUUUUGCGUAUUUUGAAAGAGCGUUAAAAUUGAAUAAUAAGCCUUAAGGUAGUUCUGCACUUAAAACCUGGAUUCAGCAUACGGAAAUGAAAAUCAGUUUAUGAAUUAAUGGGAACCCGUGAGUAAAUUUAUUAAAAUGGCAGUGAUACUGUCUAAAGUUAAGAUAUGAUAUUAAAACAUCUGACACGUUAAAUAAUUCAAAAUAAUGUCUUAAAAUUAGCUUGAAAUAGGCGGUUCACUUUAAUUAUUAUCAAAUAUCUAAAAAAUAAGCUCACGGACCUGUGCAUUUUAUUUCACCUUAUAGGUCAUUUGUUUAUUUAUGACUAUGAGACGUGUCAUGAAAAUCUACAUUGCAGAAAAAAUUCUGUUCGCGAAAAUGAUAUGAAAGUUGUGAUUUUCCCUUAGACUUCCAUUGCAAAAGAUUGCGUGAGAUCCAAUAGGUCAAAUCAGUCUAGCAAAAGAGGUUAACCAAAUCCUACAUUGUAAAAAGCAUUUUGAGUCAAACAUGCAGAACUACCUUAAUGGAAAUGAGCACCAAAGUGACUUAUUCUCUAUUAUUUUGCUGGUGGGUAUUUUGUAAUCGUGGGACUUAAAAUUAUAUUUAAUGGCCAUUGGUUUAUUCAGUAGAGACUUUUCAAGUAGGUUUAGGGACGUUUUUGUACUUCAAAUUGUUGUUACAACUGGUUUUAUUUAAGCGCUGUUAGUUUUUGUAGUUGUUUUUUAAUUAUGAAACAUUAGGCCAGUGGCAAACCAGUUAUUAAAUACAAAAUUAACAUUAAAACCAUAUGUUAACAUCAUGUAUUGUAAUUAAAUAUAUCAUGAUUUCCUGUAUUAUGAGUUACCAGUGACAUUUGCACUAAAGAGAAUGAGCUUUAGAAAAUUAUUUCUUGUUUAAAAAUAUGUAUUUGAAGACUUUUGUUCCCACAGUUCUGCAUUAAUCAAAGCAGACGCAAAAAAAAAUAAUCUUUUGGUAAAACCACUGCUCAUUUUAUUCCCAUCAUGCACUGCAAAAAAGUUAUAACUGUCCCGAUUUUGUUGUUUUAAAUUCUAAUUUAUUCUAAUACAAAGUGCCAUUUAAAAGGAUGCCCCAAAGAUAUAUUAUACAAAACCAGACAUUUUCUAGACUUUAUUUUUGUGAGCAUUUUUUUUUUUUUGAGCUGUGAAUUUCAGUUAAUGCAGUACAUCAAAGGAUUGAAAGUAAUUAAUACUUGCAGCUCUAUAGAUACAAGUAAACACCAUUAGGCACAAUUUAAUAAAUUUGUCUUUUUAAGCAUUUUGUGUAUUUUUCAUUUUAACCGCUUUCUCAAACAUAUUUUUCCUUCAUUUUAACGUCUUUCACAAACACUUUAUUAAAGGAAAAUAAAUAUUUAGCUUUCAAGUUAUUUUACGCAAUUUGUAUGAAAAUAUGUUUGAGAUAUUAUCUGACACUCCACCCCUUUUAGUCAAUGAAGUAUGUCUCCUAAAUUAAUGUACCCGAGAAUCCUGUAUACUGUUUAUUGUAUAUUGAUAAUGAUAUUAAGAAUGUAAGAGACUACAAAAACCUAGGUUCUCAUCAUAGGGCUUUAUAAAACUCUUAAAGAGAAAAAACAUUAAGCUGAAUGAUAUAUGGGUUUUGAUGAAUAAGUUUUGAGCGAGAGAACAAAGUGCCCUGACCCAACUAUGAAUUUAAAUUUUCUUAUGUACAUAUUCUGUUCAUAUUCUGUUAAUAAUGACAUCUAUUUAAUAGUGAUAUGCACUGAAAUGAGACUUUAGAGACGUGGGAACAUCCUUCUUAUAUAUUGUAACUUAACUUUUUUGGAGAAUAGUGAGAGGUAUUUACAUGUUCAAGCAGGUUCUAAAAAAGAAUGUAAUGAUUUGAGUGACAUACCAUUGUUAAAAAAAACAUAAAGCAAAACAUAAGUAUUUGAACCCUUUUCAUGCUGUACACGAUUGAUUCUACCUUUGCAACCAGUGAUCAAGAUCUGCACUGUUCGCCAUUCAGUCAGUAUCUUUUUGUAAACAUUCCUUUUAACAGUCAGUGAUACUGGCCAAAUUGAAAGAUGGACAAGUUCAUUAUAGAAAUUUAGCAGGGUAAGGGUUAAGAAAUAUGUUUCAGUCUGGGCCAAAAUCAUAAAAAAAUAAACAAGAGUGGCCCUGAUGGCUCUAAAUAGUUUCAUUGCUUUGCAUGUAUAAAAACACAUCUGGAAACAAGUACAUUGGAGCAGCUUAAUGAAACUACUUUCUUCAUGCAGUCUUCAUGGCUGUAACCUACCAUGUUUUAGUAAUUAGUGAAUUUGUUGAGCUUAAAGAUAAAAUAAGUGGUUCGUAAAAAAGCAAGUUUGAAAAAGAGCUUUUAUUUUGUUCUUGGUCUGGUUUGAGUGAACUUUAGCGGAAAUAUGUUUUAUCUGGAAUUCUUUUUUGUAUCUUUUGAACAUAUGAUAUGAAUUUAAUACAUCUAGAUGUGUCUUUAUUUUGAAAACUUGUAUUGUCAUAUUAAAAGGUUGUUUAUAAGUUCAGAUUAUUUAUUUUGUACUAAAGUUUGAAAUAUUUAUAGGUUAUUAGAUUUGUAUCGAGAAAUAUGCACGAGUUCUGUAGCAGAAAUAUUGCGCGACUUUUGGAGCGCAAUAUUAUUCCGCAAAAGAAAGAGUGCAUAUUUCUCAAUGCAAACCUAAUAAUCUUUUUGUUACAUACGCAUCUACACUUAAAAUUAUUAUAUAAAUGCUAUAAAUCUGUUAUUAAGCCUGAGCGGAAUUGAAAGUAUCAUCAUUAAAGAACUUUUAAACGCGACGACAUAUAUAAAACUGACGUCACAGGCCCAAUAUGAACUUUGAAUGUCAAUAUGGAAAAAUAUUGAUGUUUCAGGUUCCAUUGAAAGUGAACGGAGUUAUUAAAUGAUUAUGUAAUAAUAUACAUUUCUAGGUAAAUGGAAAGGUCAAAUUUGAAGAAAAUAUUGCUGUAGCUUCAAAUUUUUCAAUUAGUUACAGUUCGGCCUUCUUUAAAAUAUUUUCUGAUCUACUGUAAGGUACUGAAACUAGACACUUUGAUCAGAAAGGCAGAUAUUGCCUAGGUAAGUAAUUUAGGUUACGAUUGGGAACAAAAAUUAUUAAAACAGAUGUCCAAUUUCCUGCUGUUACAGCUUUCUCAGAAAAGAAGUUGUAAUAGAUCAAAAUGUCUUCAUUUAUUAUUCACUGUGUACAUUUUAUUUCAGUUGUUGUUGUUUUUAUUUAUUACUUAUUUUCAUUUUACUAUGAUCAGUUCAUUUGGUUGCACCAAUUGAAAUAUAACCAAGCAACUGUAGUAAAGGAACACACCUUUAUCUUCUUUUGUUUGUAGCGGUUGGUGUAUUUUUCCUAUAUGUCUAAGGUCGAUUUCAUUUUAUUUCAUUGCAUAAGAAAAUCAAAGAAAUUUUGUGAUAUCUUUGUUGUCAGUUUUAUUGUUUAAUAAUUGUAUACAUCCUUUGGAUAGUAUUUUUUAUGUUACAUUUUAUGUGGUGUCUUGUUCAUAUGCCAGUUUAAGGAUUUAAGCUCAGUUAAAAAUGAAUAAGGGAUACUGCGUGCAGCACAAUUUUGGCUUAUGUAUUUUAGUAUCAUUAUCUGUUUGCCGGUUGGUGGCCAGCCGACUGGCUAUUUGAUGGUGUAAUAAUGAGUCAGUCUUUUGGUAGGUCACGUGUAAAUAAUAACGAGUUUAGUUUGUGUGUUUAACUUACUGAUUAUGAUUUCAUAUUGGUACCAAGAAAAUUACCUUACCAAACAUAGAUAUAAAUAAUAAGUUACGUUAAUAUGAUAUAAAAUAUGUGCACCUCCUGUUACCACAAAAUUUAAAUAAAAUUUAAAAUCAUUUUCUGCUCAUGUGUGAAGACAGACAUUUUCACUCAUACAGUCAUGUUUUUAAUGAUAAUGUUUUCAUUAGGAAAUUAUGUUGAAAUUCCCCUAUUUUAUGCAGGUAGGUCUUGAUGGUUGUCUUCAGAAUUAAAUCUGGUAUAAUAACGAUAAAUAAUAAUAAUAAUAAUUGUACCUCAAAGAAAUUAUCUGAAAACUCAAGCCUUGUACUAAUAGCAUGCAUGGGAGAGCACUGCAAAAAAAGUUAAACUUUCUUUGAGAGUUAUAAUUAAUCUCCCUUUAUCACUGCUAGUCUGUGUUAAAUGUUGUCAAUGUUUCUCUAUCAUAUUUUUUCCUUUCACUUUUCUAUUUGGUAGUCAAUUGUCCUUUCCUCACCCCUAAAAAGUAAUUUGUGUUUUACUAAAGUAUUCAAUACAUGAAAUACCUCAUGCAAAAAAGUUGUGGUCCAUUCUGCUAACAUUAUAUUCUGCCUACAGAUGUUUUCAUAACAAUCUUGCUUUACCAUAAAGUCCCAUUUAAUUGGAAGUUGUUAACAAAACAAAGUAUUUUAAUGAGGACACCAAGGUAUUUAGUGUUGUUUUUUCUUCAUCAGGUAACAUUUUAAACAACUGGCAUUUGAAUUUAAAUUCUCAUUUUUGUGUAUUUAGUUAACUUAUCUUGCUUUGUUGUGAACUUUUUUAUAUUACAAUGUCAUGAAGAUUUUCUGUGAUUCUGAAACCAUAUAUGCUUGAAUAUUUGGAAUAAAAGAACCUCCCAUCUAGCUUGUAUAUUAGUAAGUGUAUCAAGCGCUUUGCCAUUCUGUGACAAAUUUUGUGUAACUUUUAACAUUUGAGCUGAUGCACAAAUUUCAUGUAAAAAGUUUUUUGUGUAGAAUACUCAGUGGCUUGAGCAGAUCCUAGGGCUGCUUACAGCUCUAUUUGAGCCGCGUCAUGAGAAAACCAACAUAGUGGCUUUGCGACCAGCAUGGAUCCAGACCAGCCUGCGCAUCCGCGCAGUCUGGUCAGGAUUCAUGCUGUUCGCUUUCAAACCCUAUUGCAAUUAGGGAAACCAUUAGCGAACAGCAUGGAUCCUGACCAGACUGUGCAGAUCCAUGCUGGUCGCAAAGCCACUAUGUUGGUUUUCUCGUGGCGUGGCUCAUAGAUUGUAUCAGACAUACAAAAAAUAUUUAGGAGAGGUUUUGCUUAUUUCCCAAAUGCAGGAAAUUGUAUGCCAAAUGUAUAAAUGCUAUAGUUUUCAAUAGGUUACUUUUGCUUUGAAUUGUAAUGAUUUUGUAACACAUUUUAGCUAUUGAGAAUUCAGUUUUUUCAUUACAGUUCAAAAAUCUCAUGCCAGUUAAUAAAUUCUCCACUUAGUUUUAUACAGGGUUCACAGACCUUGAAAAGUCCUUGAAUUUGAUGGUAAUCCUUGAAAAUUCCUUGAUUGAAUUUUACCCUAAACUCUUUGAAAAUGUUUUGUCAUUGACUUUGCUUUGUGGAAAGAAUAGAUUAAAGAAAAAUGAGAGAAAAAAUCUUAUCACAAGUUAUUUCCAUUUUUAGUAAAAUCGGCUGGAAGUUUCUUAAAAACCAUUUUAUCGAAAGUACGUAUAACGAUUAAUUCGGAAAAUCAUAUGUGUGAACAGGAAUGAAUUGGGCAUCAUUAAAGACCAUAAAACACCAUUUUUUUUUCAACAAAAUUGGCAGCAAGUUGUUUAAAAAUUAUUAUAUUGAAUAAGUACCAAUAACAAUGAUUAAGGAUGUGUGAACUGGAUUAAAUUGGGCAUCAUUAAAGACCAUAAAACUUGGCUAAAUAUAUUAAAAGCUGACAAAAGAAUGUGCAUUAUGUCUCUCAUUUUGACAAAAUUGUAUUUAAAGUAUAAAUUCUGGAAAAGUUCACUGAAAAGUCAAGCAACAGCAUGUAAAGAGUUGAUAAUAAAGUUCUUUGUACUCUGGUAUGCUAAACCUUCUUGGUUAUGUAUACAUAUUACAAUGAAUGUCUGAAAAAGUUGAUACAUACUAUGAUUCAAGUGGUUUUGAGAACUGAAGGCCUUGGAUAUUUGAAAAAGAGUGCUUAUAAAGUCCUUGAAAAGUACUAGAUGGUUUGUGUGAACCCUGUAAAUUAUAUGGAGAAGUUGUCAAAGACAAUCAGUUUUGGAGAAUUAGAUUAGAUUUGCACAUCUUGCACAAAAUACACGUAUAAGAAAUAACUUAAAUAAUAUAAUAUAUUUCACAUAUUGCAAUAAUUAUAAAUUUUUUUUAUUCCCAUAUUAUUGGUGAAUCUUGCAUACAUGUAUUUUACAAUAAAAACAAUAUUCUCUAAUGGUUUUACUGGGAUGGUGUAUGGGGUUUGCACCUGGCAUGUGCCCUCCCAAAGUCUAUAGUGCAUACAAUUUUUUACAUUUUUCUCUGCAAUUCAAAGUCAGUUGCAUGAAAAAUUUUGUACUGGCUUCACUAAAGGCUAAAGAAUUAUUAUCAUUACCACAGAGUGCUGUAUUCAUAUGCAUAUUGGAAUUGUUCUCUUGGUUUCUGUAGCAUAACAUGUUUUUCUUGCUUCCCUCCCAGCUCGUCAAUCAUCAUAGCUAACACCAGAGAGGGAUAUAAGCUUAAAAAAAAUAUUUUUUGUUGCUUGCAAUGUAUGUUUACAUUACAACUGUCAUAGGCGAAAAUCCAACAACAAACAAAAGCUUUUCCUUCACUCGCAUGUCUUCAUUUAGUGUUAUUUAACCACAGGGAGUGAACAGAGCAAAACAGUCACCUUCGAAAAAGACUUGUUAUAUAUUACACUAAAAUAAAACUUUAAAAGUAACAAAAGUUCAUGCCGCCCCUGAUGUUGGUGCAAAUAUUUUGAAACAAAUGUACAUAAAAUUUUAAUAGUUUAUUUACAAGAGCUUUACAUUGUACAUAUUUGCAAAAGGUAAGGAACAUAUUUUUAAGAGCAAUAUGCUUUACACAGAUACUGAAAUUUAGGUACACGUUUAGAAUAAACAUAAAUGUUGUGCCAAAAUUAGGGUAUAUAUUUUUAAAAGCUACAUUUAUAUUAAAUAAAAUGUACAUAUUUUUAUGAGCUGAAAGCUGUAUUCUAUGGGCUUAUUUAAUUUGUUUUGAGUGUUUAAACUUUUGCAAUGUUGAGGUAAAAAUGGAGAAAGUACAUGGGUACAAGGUGUUUAAAACUAGUGACACCUUUCUCAUGAAAAUGCUUGGAGAUAUUGUUUUGAUUAACUUGAUAAUUAAGAUGAGAUGGGACCUUAACACAAAUUUUAAAUUUUAGUUGAAAACUCUGAACAAAGUUUGUAUUGAAAAAGGAAUAUGAGUGAUUGUUUUUGAAGCUGAAAGUAUCACAUUCCGUUGAAUGUGUUUUGUAUGAUUUAUGAAUUGUUACACUUAACCUAUCCUCUGUUCACACAUACAUCCAAAAAUCAAUUUCAGGUGUAAAACGUAUGAACAUGCAUUGUAAGGUUUAAAUUUAUGGUAUAAAUCACACUAUUGAAAGAAUAUAUAUUGUUGCAUUUAUUGCAUUGAAAUGUCGCAAUAUCCAAGUACUGUUGAACAGUUUGUCAAAUACUUUCUUGUUAAUUUUGAUUUAUUGAAUAACUUAUUUUAAGAUAUUUGGUAUGUAUAUUUUACUGUGAAUGAAUGGAGUGAAUAUUUCACACAAGAAGGUUCUUUUACAUGGUAACCUAUAAUUAUAGUCAUUUAGAUGGUGGCUGAUAAUUUCUCUGCCUUUCUCAUUACUUUAAUUAAAUUAAGUCAAAAAAGUAUGAUGGAUGAUCCUAUGGGGAAGCAAACAUGAAAAAAUAAUUACUUCCAGUCUGUGCUGGGCAAUUUCACUGAAAUAAUUUAGAAAUCUUUUUAUUUUUUUUAGUAAAAUAUACUGAUUAUUUUCAAAAGGAAUUUUAUGUAUCUACUUUUGAGCUAGUCUGCUGAAAGGAAACAGAAUUAACUUGAAUACUGGUAAAAAUUCAGAAAAUUGAAAAGGAAAUGGAAGUUAUAUGAAAAGAAAGGCCUGGUUAAAAAGCCAAUAAUUAAAUCUUGGUUAAAAAGCCAAUUAUUAAGUCUUGGUUAAAAAGCCAAUAAUUAAGUCUAUAAAAGAAAGACCUGGUUAAAAAGCCAAUGAUUAAAUCUAUAAAAGAAGACCUGGUUAAAAAGCCAAUAAUUAAAUUAUCUUGAUUGAAAAGCCAAUAAUUAAAUCUAUAAAAGAAAGACCUGGUUAAAAAAAAAAAUUAAAUCUAUGUUUUGAAAAAUUCUUAUGCAGUAAUUGUACAGUCCUAUUUUAUGAACUUGGAGGUCUUUUUUUUUUUGCAUAAUGAGUAACCAAGAUUUCACGCCCAAAGCCACAGAUGAUCAUAUCAGUAUUUUAUUCCUGACAAGAAACUGGUUCAUUGAUCAUCAUCAUUAUAUUUGCACUCCUACAUGUUCCAUCUUACUGCUUUGGUAAUUAUGUCGCCUAUUAAAGAAAUGAAUAUUUAUAAUUUAAACAAGUGAAAAGAUAUUUAAGUUAAAAGGAUAUCAUCCGAUGGAUGCAAGUUAAUGUUCCUUUAAUAACUACUUUAUAUUUAUAAGAUUAAGACCAAAGUACAUCAUUAGGUGUCCCAAUGUCAUGGUGACACACUGAAUAGUUCUUCUAUUUUUGUUUUGAAGUUCAAAACUAUGAAUAAUGUCCCUUUAGGGAUAUUUUUUUCUGUGAAUUAUGAUAAGUUUUGUAUGGAAUCCAUUUGUGUAAUUAAGUUAAGAAGUAAUGACUAAAUAGUAUUUUUAAAUUUCCAUUAUAUGGGCAUUUAAUUGAAACAUUUAUGAAAGUUAUAGUUUGAAAUAUAUAAGUGAAUGCUUUUUCUCAGCUACAAAAUGUCAGUUAAUUGAGAAUUGCAGUAAUUUUGUUAGAAUGAAAUUUCAUGGUAAUACCUGUUUUUUUUGAGUGUAUAAAUUGCUUGAUUUCAAAUUCUGAGGAGAUUUGUUUGCUGUUAAGACAUAAUUGACUGGAUUGAUAUAAGCACAGAAUACAUAUAAUAUUUAUAAUUUCCCAGUUUUUGUAGAAAUUAUUGUAUUUUCUUUCAGAUUAUUCACUGCAACUUUAGUUUUAUGUAUAUAUGUGUGAAAAUGUAUAAACACGUGUAAUUGACUGUAUGUGUUAGUGUAAUGUACAUGUCUUCUUAAUGCAUAAUGCUCAAUGUGCUACCAGUAUUGUUUUUCAAGCUGGACUUGGAAAAUAUUUAAAUGCUUGCUAGUUGGUUUUUUUUGGAAAGCACGAUUGUAUUGUGACAUUUUUCAGAAAUAACAGGAAAUUUUGACUUUUGUUUAGAAAUACACAGAAUGUAGAAAUUUAGUACAGAAUGUAACCUUAAAAAAGAAGGUUGUCAGUGUUUUUUUUUUAUUGAAUGAUUGGUAAGUACUGUUCAGAAUGGUGACACCUCGCAUGCUUAUUGAAAUGUAUAAUGAAAACGUGCACGUAUUCGUAAAUAUAUGUAAUCUCAACUUCUUCUAUUUACUUAAACAAAACAUUUGUUAAAGCAAUAUUGUCAUGAUAGCUGAAAUUGAAGUUAUUUUGUGUA